UGUCAUCCCUGAUUUUUACACGUCGUUGAUUUGUGUCGACUGCUUAAAAAAUGGUCGUCCAAGAGGAUAAUCCGAAUACUGGGGACGUCCAGGAGAAGACGGAGAGUGCUCCAGUGGCGGCAGAGCCAGCCAAGAUCUUCACCGUGGAGAUUCUGCACAUGAUUAAGGAUGCCCAGCAGCAGCAUGGUCUGCGCCACGGCGAUUUCCAGCGGUACCGCGGAUACUGCACCCGCCGCAUCCGCCGAUUGAGGAAGGCACUGAAGUACCCGCAGGGCGACAAGCGGCACUUCAAGCGACGCGACGUGACCAUUGGCCAGCUGACGGGCAAGAAGGCGGACGAGCGCUUCAUCCACAUCCCGCUGAUCAGCGCCGAGCGCGCCUGGGCCUAUGCCAUGCAGCUGAAGCAGGAGUCGAAUACGGAGCCCCGAAAGCGCUUCCAUCUGAUCAGCAAGCUGCGCAGGGCCUGUUUCUACGCCCUCCAGCUGCAGGAGUUGUGCAAUACGGAGGCCUUCGAUGCCCGCACCAAGCUGGAGUGCGAGGCCUAUGUGGCCUGGAUGCAUGGAACCCUGCACUUUGAGCUGCAGCUAUGGAAAUCCGCUGGCGAGCACUUAAAGCGCGCCCAGGUGGUGUACGAGAAUCUGGCCAAGGCCCUGCCCGAUGAUGAACAGGAGCUGUACCGCGCCAAGGUGAACGAGUUCACACCCAAUCUGCGCUACUGCGCCUACAACAUCAGCGGUGGUGCCAGUGGCGGUAAUAUCGAUGAGAUCCUGGAGCUGCGCGCCCAGGGUGUACUCGAGAAUCUGGAUGUUCUGGUCAGUCAGACCAAGACGGAGAGCAGCGAGGGCCUGCAGACCAUCGACUGGCGCGGUCGCAAGGUCACCGUGCGUCCGGAGAAGGUGCGUCUGUUCCUGCUCAGUGCCCAGGAGUUGGACAAGUCGCUGGCCAAGACCACCAAGCUGGAUGCCAAGAUAGAGCUGAUUGAACGCAUUCUGAUGGACUGCAAGGACGCCAUCCAGGCAGUUCGCGAUGAGAUCAAGCAGGAUCCCAAGCUACGUUCGCUAACCACCGGACAGACCGUGUCGGGCGUGCAAUAUCUAUUGGCCUAUUUGAGCUACAUUCGUCACAGCCGCACACUGCAGCGUAAUCUUUGCCUAGUGGAGCAGGCCAAGCUCAACUUUGACGAUCCCAACCAGCAGUCUCAGCAAAAUGUGGGCGACGGUAAGCGAGUUCGAUCCCAGGAUCUGGCCCGCCUAUACGAGAUCAUCCUGCAAAACGUUACGGAAAUGCAGCAGAUCACCGGCUUGGAGGACGAUGCCAAGUACCAGAGCGAGGUGGAGAACCUGGCCGUCACCUUCAAGGCCUUCCGCUGCUAUUACAUUGCGCUCACACUAAUCGACAUGAAGAAGUGGAAGGAGGCGGUGGCGCUGUACGAACGCGCAUUUAACUACGCCGGCGAAGCCCUGAAGGGCAAGACCAGUCCGGAGUUCCAGCUGCAGGAUGAACUCAAGAAGGUCGUCUCCGCCAUCGAGGGCUGCAAGUUCUCCGCCCAUGCGUACAGUGUGCUGGAGGAUGACAACAGUGAGGACGCCGGAACCACCACCAAGUCGCAAAAGACCACGAAACCUCUGUAUGAGCGUCUGUCCCUAUACAAAGAGGACCAGUCGCUGCACACCAAGUCACCCAAUGUGUUUAAGCUGACCCCCGAAAUGGAGCCCAUACCCUGCAAACCGCUAUUCUUUGACCUGGCCAUGAAUUACGUGGAGCUGCCCUCGCUGGAGGACAAACUGGAGUCUCCCGGCAAAAAGGGCCCCUCGAUCACUGGCUUCGUCAAGGGAUUCCUUGGAUGGGGCGGCGGCGGCAACAAGUGAGACUGCCAACAGCCACCACGAAGCACUCUUCUGGAAUUCCACACAUCCAUGUUACACUUGUAAAGCCUUCAGAUCCAUGUCCACGCAGCGGUAUGUCCGAUGUUCUUUAUAAGUUCUUUGUUUUGGCUUUUACCCCCGCCAGAUUUGUUUUUUCUACGAAACUUUUGUAAGUUAAAAACGUGAACAAUUAUUCGGUAAUAAAGGAACCUUUAAGAGAGAGCUAUAGUUCCUCAAGGGCAAA